CAACAACGCUGCGGAGGCGACUGCGAUGCUGCUGCAGGUGACAGUCGCGCUCGCCGUCGCGGAGGAGGCCAUGAAGUUCGAGCACCGCGACUUGCACUGGGGUAACGUGCUGCUGCAGAGAUGCGGGGUGGACGAGACGAGGAGGGCCCGACUCAACGGCGUGAACCUCACCUACCCGACCAACGGCUUGGCGGUCAACAUCAUCGACUUUACCCUGUCCAGGCUGGACAUGGGCGACGGGAAGGAAGACGUGGCGUUCUGCGACCUCGAGGCGGACCCGGAGCUGUUCGAGGGACCCGCGGGGCACUGUCAGAGCGACACCUACAGGCGCAUGCGAAAGGCGACCAAGGGGAUGUGGGAGCGCCACUGCCCCAAGACCAACGCGCUCUGGCUGCACUACCUCGCGGACUGCCUCCUGUCAGACAAGGAGUUCCCGAUGACCGCCGGACAGAAGGCGGACCUCAAGGGAUUCAAGAAGAGGGCCAUGGGAUACAAAAGUGCGAACGAGGCCCUCUGGGACGACAUGUUCGUCGGGGUCUGGAGGAGCUCCCACAUGUAGACACUGAAACAGUUAUUGACGAGACGAAACGACAAACAACGAU